CUUUUAAGCUGUAAAGUGAGCGCUCAUAUUUUAGCUCCAGGAAUUCAUGGCUGAUUUCAACAAUUCGGGAUCAAACAAAAGAAGACGGCCUCGCAGGAAAGCGGAUAGCGACCAGCAGGAGGCUUCCAAUGAACUACCGCAGCAAAAUAAAGAUGCAGCUCUUCGUGAAAGGAAGAAUAAUUGCUGGAUUUCAGUGGAAAAUUUAGUAUGUAAUUUCACGGGUGAUAACAUUAUUAGGACGACGAAUUUAUGGGAUGGAAGGAAAGUGCUAAUAGAAAAGGCGAAUAAGUUGCUGAAUGACCCACUAUUCAUUCUGCAAAAGUUGAGAAAUUCGAUAGAGCCAAGUAUUAUGGAGAAUACAAGGGUUAAAACGUUAUUGCAAGAGGUUGAAUUGACUUUGAAGCUGUCAAAGAAUACAGUUCCAGUUCAGGACUCUACUGAUGAGAUUAAUUCAAAGUCAAAGAAUCCAGUUCCAAUUCAAGACUAUACUGAUGGGAUUAAUGAUUUAGAUAAAGGCAUACAAAUGACAAGGGAGGAGCUGCAAUUCCUUAGUGAGCAAAUUAAGCAGGCAAUACUGAUUGCCUUGUCUUCCUGUUUCCUUUUUUUGCCUUGGUAA